UCACUCAGCACACACAUCGAAUUUCUACUUCAAACGAGAAACUAAUUAGAUACCUUGCUUAAGAUGCAUUUAAUUGCGGUUCUGGCGCUGUUCGUUGCGGUUGCGCAGGUGCAAUCACACGGAUAUUUGAAGGACCCCGUGGCGCGAACGUCGAUCCAAACCCGGCCCGAAUUCAACACGCAGCAACCCUACUGGUGGGACAAUCAGGGCGUCUGGUGCGGAAAUGUGCAGCAGAACUUGCAGUAUUCCUCUUGUGGAAGGUGCGGUGACGUACAAGGAGAGACGACUGCUAACCAGGGGGGAAUUUAUGACAAGGGGGUUAUCACGGGGACUUAUUCGGCUGGAUCGAUUAUCAACGUCGUCGCGAACUUCCAAGCUCCCCACCACGGCUAUUUUGAAGUAGAACUUUGCCCAAAUCAGCAGGAAUCUGACAAUUGCUUUACCAAGCUGCCCAUCGUUGGAGGGUCGGAAGAUGUUCGAGAUGGUAACCGCAUUUGCGUCCCAUACGAUAACGUUAACACCGACAUUACCGCCCGAGUCCAACUUCCCGCUGGGGUAACGUGCAGUCGGUGCACGCUUCGUUGGACUUAUCGAACCUCGUAUCCCGGACCAGCUGGUUGGGACUCCUGUUACAACGCGCAGCCUGCCCAGACCUUCCGAAACUGUGCGGAUAUCACCAUCAACUAAUAUUCAAAUUAAUAAAUCUAUUGAUUCUAAAUUUGAGUGGUAUUAAAUAUUCGAAAAAACUGUAAAUGGAUCAAUGUAAUUGUAAAUUUACAAGAUAAUAAAAGUAAAUGAUUAUAACAGCAUAAA